CCCCCUCCCCACUCCACCUCCUCCUCUCUACCUCUCCCUUCAAUCUCCACCUCUCCGGGGGCUCCAGGAUCCGCGGAGCUACUAGUUGGGCAAGGCCUGCCGCCGGAAAGCUUCCGCGCGCGCGGCGGUUUUGGCGCGGCUGCUUGGACCGCGGAACCGGGGGGGAAGGCUUUCCUCCGGUGGCGCCGCUGCCUGCGUGCGGCGGCGACCUGGCUCCGAGCGAAUUGGAGCGAAGAUGGCUGAUGUGGAGGAGCAGCAGCUUCAGCAGGUCACUGGUGUGUCCAGGGCACAAGACGGAGUUGCCAAGGCGAGUUUGGGGAAGGAUCAUGUCCCAGGAAGUGAGCUCUGGACCGAUGGGCUCACCUGUGCCUUUGAGCUCAUAAAGGGUCACAAGAAGCACAAAUCAUGGCCGACGAUUGAUAGCAUGCAGGAGAAAGGGGUCCCUGCGCAUAUGAAGCGGCACAUAAGUAGGAACAGCCAUCGGGCCGUGACCCUGAAACCUGAUGAAUGCAUUGUGGUGGAGAAGCCCUGCCAAACGGAUUUUAGUAAUGAUUCUUAUGUGCUCAAAGAUAGGCCAGUGUAUGCCAGGGAAAUCUUCGAUCACAAAUGGGUGCCCAUUGGAUGGUCUAGGAUCGCUGAGUUGGUGCAGAGGGUUCAGUCAGAUGCCAGCUGGGAGUGUGAGCAGGUGGAGAUGACCGACAGUGAGGAUGAUUACACUGUGGCGGAUCUUGCAGCUCCAUACUGGCAGCGUCCGGUAGGACCUACAUGGUGGUGCCAUGUCACUGCAGGCCAUCCCUCUGUUGAUGCGUGGCUGAAUAGUGCUCACUGGAUGCAUCCGGCUAUAAGAACUGCACUGAGAGAUGAAAGCCGACUGAUAAGUGAUCGUAUGAAGUACCUUCUCUAUGAGGUCCCAGUUAGAGUUGCAGGAGGACUGCUGUUUGAGCUUCUUGGCCAGUCAGUUGGAGAUCCAAAUCGUGAAGAGGAAGAUAUACCCAUUGUGCUUCGGUCUUGGCAGGCACAGAACUUUCUUGUUACUGCAAUGCAUGUCAAAGGCCCUUCAUCCAAUGUAAAUGUUUUAGGAGUGACUGAAGUGCAGGAGUUGCUUAGUGCUGGUGGAAGUCAAACACCUAGAUCAGUUCACGAAGUAAUUGCACAUUUGGUCAGCCGUCUUUCUCGAUGGGAUGACAGGCUAUUCCGAAAAUAUAUCUUUGGCGAAGCAGAUGAAAUUGAACUGAAGUUUGUGAAUAGGAGAAAUCAUGAAGAUCUAAAUCUAGUCAGCAUCAUAUUGAAUCAAGAAAUUAGAAGGUUAGCAACACAGGUAAUCAGAGUAAAAUGGUCUCUGCAUGCAAGGGAAGAGAUCAUAAUCGAGCUUCUUAGACAUUUGAGGGGGAACACCACAAGAGUUAUCUUAGAGAGCAUUAGAAAGGACACAAGGGACAUGUUGGAGGAGCAGGAAGCUGUCCGUGGUCGCUUGUUCACUAUUCAGGAUGUUAUGCAAAGCACUGUUCGUGCAUGGCUACAAGACAGAAGCCUUCGUAUAACCCACAAUUUGGCCAUUUUUGGAGGUGGCGGCAUGGUCCUAUCCAUAAUCACUGGCCUUUUUGGAAUCAACGUCGACGGCAUACCAGGAGCGCAAAAUACUCCAUAUGCUUUCGGCUUGUUCGCGGGACUUCUCUUCUUUUUAGGAAUCGUCCUUAUUGGAGUAGGAAUACUCUAUCUUGGGCUGCAAAAUCCAGUGACCAAUGAGAAGGUCAAGGUGAGGAAGCUGGAGCUUCAGCAUCUCGUUUCGAUGUUCCAGCAUGAAGCAGAACAGCACGGCAAGGUGAGGGAAGGUCUCAGCCGGCACAGCUCGUCUCCGAAGUCCUCGUCGGCCUCUGAUGAAGGCUACAUCCUAAUUUCUUAAAAACUGUUGGAAAGAAAUAAAUAAUUACAUGGAAAUGGGGGUUUCCGGAUAGAAGAGUUAUUUGCGAAGGACUGAAGUACUAAGCCAUGUUUGAUGGUCUAAAUAGAGGUUUAUAGACUAUAGCACACGGUUGACGUGAUAUACUGCUGAUAUACUAGUAUCUGAGAAGGAUUACCACUGAGGAAUAUGCGAUCAAAGUUCUAAUAACUAUGAGCAACAGAUUGGCCUCCUUUUGUGUAUACCGCCUGAGGUGUUCUGCUUUUGUACUCGGAAGUAAGAAUUCACACACGCACA